AGCGGAACUGUCUGCGUUCCGCCUUUAUAACUGGUCGGGAAGGUUUUUGGGAGCACAGGAACCGCGCUCUCAACGUAUCUUGCGGACAACAUGCCGAAGUUUUAUUGUGACUAUUGUGAUACAUACCUUACACAUGAUUCGCCUUCAGUGAGGAAGACUCACUGCAGUGGCCGAAAACACAAAGAAAAUGUGAAAGAUUACUACCAGAAAUGGAUGGAGGAGCAGGCGCAGAGUUUGAUUGAUAAAACAACGGCUGCUUUUCAGCAGGGAAAGAUUCCCCCCACACCGUUUCCUGGUGGUCCUCCUCCAGGACCUCCACGGCCAGGCAUGUUGCCAACACCACCAAUGGGAGGCCCUCCAAUGAUGCCUAUGAUGGGGCCUCCGCCUCAUGGGAUGAUGCCCGGUGGGCCUGGAGGCAUGAGACCACCGAUGGGAGGACCCAUGCAGAUGAUGCCAGGACCUCCACACAUGAUGCGCCACCCUCGUCCCAUGAUGAUGCCCGUCAGGCCAGGCAUGGUGCGACCAGACAGAUAAAGCCAAGAAGACUUUGCACUCUCAUUGUUGCCAUGAACAGAUUCUGUCCAGGGAAGAUGUUUAAAAAUUUUUUUCAGUGCAACUUGCACAUCUGUUCCAGCUGGAAUGUUUAUUGUCUAAUAUUUAUUUACUGGGUUUGAGUCAAUCUAAGAACCUAGAAUAAUCUCUCCCUCCACAGACAGACUGUUCAGCAUUCAUGUGAGUGUUUGACUUGAAGUUAGUUGCUUAUUUUUUUUUUCCCCUUUGUUGUGGUUUUAAAUGAUUUUGUAUAUCACUUGCAUUGGUUGAGAAAUAAAAACAAUGCUUGGAAA